AUGAAGUUUACUUCAUUACUAAUAGCCAUAACGGUCUUUGACGUUGGUUUCAGCUACAUAACAGCUAGACACAAAAGUCCAGACACUAAAGCCUUGCAGAUUGCAUCGGUAAUCUGGAGGCGAGUUGAUAAUAUCAAGUCAUCUACGUUAAGCAGGGAACAGCGGUUGUUUAUCAAGACUAUAGCCAUCUUAGGCGGCAAAGCAUCUAAGGAUGAGUUACAAUUACCAAGCCUUUGGCCCCAUCCACAUCGCCGGGAUAUCAAUGUCUGCAGUCAACAUAUAAAACAAUCCGUUGGGCAGGGCUUAUCCUUGGCUUAUCUUAAUUUUGCGAACGAUUUAGCAGAAUUAACAUUUCUUAAGGAACAAGUUUAUCAGGUCAACCAAAUGUGGGACGAUAUAACGGCAAUUUUAAACAACGUAAUGAAAAUAUCUACGACCCGAAGGCAUAGAGAACUUACUUGGUUAAUAAAAAACUUUUUGGUCUUUUACAAAUAUAGGGCGGAAGAAGUUAAUAUAGAGUUGGCAACUGGAGGCAAUUUCACAUCGCUGGUGAGCGAUUUAGUGGAUAUCCAAACUGAAGUGCAUAAUUUAAUAAGUCAAUACUAUCGUAUGCUGCAGCAAAGGAAGCACUUUGUGAAGCAGCUGACAGGAUGGACUUCGUUCUCUCAAUCAGACCCAGCGAUCCCUAAGAUACAAGUCAAAAAGAUUACUGAGGAUAUCCCCUUGGAAAAGGACAAUGUAUUAGCACUAAUUUUGAAAUUCAAGGUAUUAAGCGCGUAUCAAAUAUUUCCUACUGUACCAUUCUGCGCGAUAGCUAAUAUAAUAUUCUUUGCGGAUAACCUAUGUGCUAAUCUAUUUGCUGGUAUCACAAAUAGACAGGCGGAAAUAUUAAAGGAACUUUCGAAGCGGCUAUAA